AUGACUGUUUCUUCCACUUCCGAUAUUGAAAUAACCCUCUGGCACACUUGGGCCCUGACUGUCACUCAUGAGGCAUGUGAAUAUACUGAACAGAAAUUCAAUGCAGAGAAGACAGGAGGAGACCCAGUUAUACCUUCUCAGAACCUAGACACUGAUCUGGUGAUGGCUUGCGAUCAAUUGGUUGAUCACCUGAUAAAGGCAUAUAAAAAUCCCAUUCAGAUGCAGAUCAAUGUUGCAAGAUACAGCAAAGUGAUCUCCCCAAAGGACACCAGGCAUAAUGAAGAGAGAGAGGAGAAGUUGCUUGAGAGGUGUCCUCCUGGCCAUGAGGGCACAAAGUUGGUGGAGAUACCCACCACAAUUCUUGAUGCAUCCGGUGCCAUCAUUGCAUGGUAUGUCCCAGACGCCCUGACCAAUGCCACCCAGAAUCAGUCGGAUCCGGAGGUAUCUGCAUCAUUGAAGGGGGCAUCCUCCAAGAAGAUCCUCAAAGUGAUUGUGAGGCCAGCAGCCAUUGCAACAGCGGCACUCAGGGUGAUGCAUCCUGAGCAGUACUGGGCAGGUUUGCGAGCCUUUUCGAGCCUCAAAGAAAAGGCAGAAAGCAAGGAACUGCUGAAGAUGUCAGAGACUCUCCAGUACUGGGCAUCCAUGUUUAACAGCCUGUCUGUCAUUUCCAAUCGGGAAACCCCCAAUCAUCGAGACCAUUUAUCUAUUCCUGAAUGCUUCAACAUUCUCACUACUGUGGGGAAUUAUUCUAAUGCUUGGAUGAGCAUGCCAAGCCUUCAGCUGGAGUUCAGGAUUGUGAGACAUGGGGUUCAUGCAGUGGAAGGGGAUUGGAUUGCUUGGGCAUGGUAUAUGAGGGAUUCUGUUCAUGUUUAUGCCAGGGUUCCAUCAUGUGGAUGGGCUAGGGUGGAUUACAAACAGUGA